UAUAUAUGUAAGAAUAGAAAGAAAACAAAAGAAUCUCUUCGUUAGUUUUUCCUUUUAUUUUUUUUUUAGUCGUUUUUUUCUUUUGUAAAAAUUAGGUGUUAUCCUCUUGAGUUGCUUUUAUUCACCAUGAGAUCAUUGACGAAUAUUUCAUUUUUUUCGGUAUGACUAAAAAUUCCAUUGACUUCAUUUGAGUUUCUGUUGAAGUUUCUUUUAUAAAAAAGCCCCAGUCUUCUCUCUCUGACUGCCAACGUUAGGUCUGUUCAUUCAAUACUCUUUUAUUCAAAUAAAAUGACAGGAAAACCGGCUAUUUCAUUACUCAGUGCAUCUGUUGCGAAAGCCCUCGACGGAGAGCUUAUGUCGACUGGAGCCUUUUCCGUAGAUCAACUCAUGGAAUUGGCUGGUUUGUCAGUUUCUCAAGUUGUAUACCGUGAAUAUCCCUCUUCUAGUCAUGCCAAAGUACUUGUCUGCUGUGGUCCUGGAAAUAAUGGAGGCGAUGGUUUAGUAGCUGCUCGACAUCUAUGGCAAUACGGCUAUCAACCAACCGUAUAUUAUCCGAAGCCAUCGUCACCAGAUCUGUACAAGCGACUUUGCAAACAACUUGAAGACCUUGACAUACCCAUCCAUACUACCCACAAUUCCAAGAUACUUCAUCAACUUCUUGGUCAGUCUUCUCUGGUAGUGGACUCUUUAUUCGGGUUCAGCUUUAAAGGACCUGUUCGUGAGCCUUUUGGUGAGAUUAUCUCUGCUAUUGUUGAUUCAAAGCUUCAUGUAGUCUCUGUCGAUGCUCCGUCCUCCUGGGAAAUUGACGAAGGUCCUCAAAAAGAAGGCCCUAUGAAAAAUUUCAAUCCAAAUGUUUUGAUUUCCCUUACUGCACCCAAGCCUUGUUGCAAUUUCUACAAGGGUAAGCAUUACCUGGGCGGUAGAUUCGUUAGCAAAGCCAUCAAGGACAAGUAUCACUUGCAAUUGCCCUCCUAUCCUGGAAUGGACCAAAUUGUGGAUAUUACGGAUCAGCCCUUAGCUACAGUAUAAAGCUCUUACUGCCCUUGGCAACCUUUUUUGUCUCAAGCCCAGUCAUGUUCCUCAUUUUAUGAUUAUAAUUACAUACAAUAGCUUUUUUUAAAAUUUCUAAUGUUGAUAUGUUGUUUUUACUGAAGGUUGCUUCUUUAUAGCGAAAAGAACAUGUGCUCAAACUAAGGUACAAAUUUCACAAUUUAGUUGCAUUCCAACACUACAGAAUAAAAUAAUCAACAUUUUUCCAAAAUUUCGUUUUCAAAAUGGACCACUGACGAC